AUGUCCGACGGUUAUUGGAGAUACGCCGAAUCAAGGCACGCCCCUCCUUCUGUCGCCGGCAAGCGCUCACGUUCCGACUACGAUGUCUCUGGCGUUCAUGACUUGCCCAGUUACUUUCCCCAUGAUGAUGAUAGAGGAGGGCUACGAGUAAUUAGAGAUACUGAGUCCCUUGAUGCAUCUUAUGAACAUUACCUCCGUAGUGCGAUUUCAUCAUAUGGUUCGGGACAGUCCACUAGACCCAUUGGCGGGCGAGUUCCCAAUCGAUCUAUUGAUGAUUCACAUGUUGCAAAUAUUGGGGGAUUAGACAGGGGAACAAAUGAAAAAGACAAAAUCCUGGGUUUUAGUAGUGGAAGGGCUGACCAUUCUCUUCCACCUGAUGCUACCAGUACACUGUUUGUGGAGGGUUUGCCUUCCAACUGUACAAGACGGGAAGUAGCUCAUAUUUUUCGUCCAUUUGUUGGCUACAAAGAAGUCAGACUUGUUAGCAAGGAAUCAAGACAACCUGGGGGUGAUCCACUGGUACUUUGCUUUGUCGAUUUUUUGAGUCCCGGUCAUGCAGCUACUGCCAUGGAAGCUUUGCAGGGUUACAAAUUUGACGAGCUUGACCGUAACUCGGUCAAUUUAAGAUUUCAAUUUGCUCGACGCUAUCCUGGUGCAAGUCCAAGUUAUGCUAUCAAUUUGAAGUGGCUGGACUGCCUGUACCGUGUGAAGGCAUUGCUCCAAAAAGAGUAG